AUGGCGGAAGCGCUAGCUGUAGUUGGCAUUGUCGCGAACAUAAUACAGCUCGUUGACUUCGGCUCCCACGUUCUGAACCGUCUGGAAGAAUAUCAGUCUAUGUUUGGAGACAUACCCGAAGCGUUCCGUCACAUUAAAGCCGAGCUUCCUGUGCUGCUAGAUGCUCUCUCGCAAACCCAGUCCUCGAUCAAUGCUAGAUCUAUGCGAGAAGAAUCCAAAACAGCGCUCAUUCCUGCUAUUGAGGGGUGUAGAGUCCAGAUAAAGCUGCUAGACGAUGUUAUUACAAUAGCGCUACCCGUGUCAAACGACUCGUGGGUCAGAAAAAGUGGGAAGGCAUUUAAAAGCCUUCGUUAUGACGCAAAAGUGGAGAGGGUAACAGCAGUGAUCCGGGGAUAUGUCCAGACGUUGACAUAUCACGCUACCGUCUCACUGGAACCCUUGGCCGACCGAACUCCAGUCGGCCCCACCCCGUCCUCUACUGUGCCCUUCCGACGUGAUCCACACUUUGUAGACCGUCAAAUGCUUGCAGAGAUAGAUUGCAGGAGCCAGAAACCUGCUUCUAGAUUGGCACUAGUUGGUCUCGGUGGCGUUGGAAAGUCGCAACUCGCCGUCGAACACUCAUAUCGUAUACGACAAAAGUCACCAACUACCUGGGUCUUCUGGGUACAUGCAAGCUGCACAUCAAGAUUUAUAGAAAGUUAUCGGAAGAUUGCUGAAAGAGCUAAGCUGCCUAGGUGGGAUCAGCAAGAUGUAGACAUUUUGAUGUUGGUCUACAGUUGGUUGUCUAAUGAGGAAAAUGGUCGCUGGUUGAUGAUCAUUGACAAUGCAGAUGAUGUAGAGGUCUUCACGAGUAGGUCAACAGGAGGGAGGGGGAACCAAGAAGAGUUUGCAAGUAAGACAGCCCCGACUCUCCUGGACGCUAUUCCUCAAUCAUCAAACGGGUCAAUCCUCAUUACCUCACGAAGCCGAGAUGUCGCUUUUCGACUGACGGGAAAUUAUUCGGAUAUCAUCAGAGUUCAUCAGAUGGAACCAGCACACGCUCUGACCUUGCUUCGAAACCAGCUCAAGCAUAGCUUUCGAAAAAACGAUGCGGAACAGGACGGUGUUGAACAGGAAGAUGCAGCAGCAUUAGUCGAAGCACUUGACUACAUGCCCCUUGCUAUAUCCCAAGCCGCUGCUUAUAUUAGCCAGAGAGCUCCACGUGCUACCGUGUCAAAGUAUCUGCAGGAUCUUCUUAAAGGUGAUCAAGAGAGAGCAAGGCUGCUGCAUAUGGACCUUGGCGACACCCGAAGGGAUGGCACAGCAUCGAACUCCAUUAUUGCCACUUGGCAAAUCUCGUUUGAGCACAUCCGAAGAGAAAGGCCCGCAGCUACAAGACUGCUGUCGCUCAUGAGUCUUUUCAAUCGGCAGGGGAUUCCGGAAUCUCUUCUUGGUGGCCGCUACCACGAUGGGGGUGGUUCCAGCGGUGACUUUGAGGACGAUCUGAACAUGUUGCUAAGUUUCUCUCUGAUUGCGACAGACGUAGAUGGGCACCAUUUUCAAAUGCAUCGACUGGUACAAUUCUCAACAACAAAAUGGCUCGAGUUACAGGGCGAUCUAGAGGGGUGGAAGAAGAAGUAUGUUAGACUGAUAGAUGACAAUUACCCGGAUAGCAAGUAUGAGAACUGGGAGGCAUGUCAAGCGCUGUUUCCACACGCUCAAGCAGCAGUAGCGUGUCGGCCAAAUGGUGGCACCGCACUCACGACCUGGGCGUCCGUUCUCUCCAAAGCUAUGGUCUAUGCAUAUGAUAUGGGAUACUACCAGGAAGCUGAGGGGAUGGGUCGACCCGCCUUAGAGGCAAGAGAGAGCACUCUAGGAAGAGAGCACCCAUAUACGCUCUCCAGCGUCAGUAGCCUUGCAGUAGCAUUACGAAUAGGGGGUAAGUAUGAAGAGGCUGAAAUGAUGUUGCGGCGCGCCCUGCAAGGAAGAGAGAAGGUGCUUGGCCCUAAGGAUCCACUUACGCUUUCUGACCUCAACAGUCUUGGGUUAGUACUGUCGGAACGGGGCGAUUACGAAGGCGCUGAACGUAUCCACCGGCGGGCGCUGCAGGCACAAGAGAAGGUCCUUGGACUAGAGCAUCCAUCUACCCUUCAGAGCGUUGACGAUCUUGGCGUGCUGUUAACAAAACGAGGCAAUUACGAAGAGGCUGAAUUAAUGCACCGGCGUGCACUACAAAGAAGAAGUAAGGUACUUGGGCUAGAGCAUAAGAGUACGCUUGCGAGUAUGGACAACUUGGGCUUAGCAUUAGGAAAGCAGUGCAAACUGGACGAAGCGGAAGCAAUGCACCGCCGAGCACUCGAAGGAAGCGAAAGGACGUUUGGUGAAAGACACCCAGACACAUUGAUAUGUGCGAGGAAUCUAGCCUCUGUGCUGGGAUUUCUAGACAGGUAUGCGGAGGCAGAAUAUAUGCACCGACGAGUGUUGGAUGAUAGUUUGAAGGUGCUCGGGGAAGAACAUCCGUUCACAUUAUACAGCUUCUGCAACCUGGGCUCUGUGUUACACUCUCAGGGUAAGGAUCAAGAGGCGGAGGCAACACAUCGACAAGCGCUAGCUAGGAGAGAAAAGGUGCUAGGGAGGGAGCAUCCACAUACCCUGAGCAGCAUGCACAACCUCGCGAAAGCCUUGAAAGGUCUAAGCUGCAAUCAAGACGCCCUUUUUCUGAUGCAGAGUUGUUUUCUGCUGAGGAAAAAAGUCCUUGGGCCUCUUCAUCCAGACACGAAGAAGUCACAUAAGGCACUGAGUAAAUGGGGACAUAUAGAUUACGAGGAUAUAGCCUGGGAGCAAAUUGAAAGAAAAGAGGGUGUCUCUUUGGGCUCAAUUACAUUCGUAGUUGUCUUAUGGGCCUUCAUCGGGGUUUCAUUUCUGUGGUUUUGGGGGCGUUAG